AUGAAAGAGAGAGAUUUAGUAAAGAUAUUAAAAGACUCAGGUUAUCAUUCCGAAGAGUGGGAAGAGAUGGAUGCUGAUGAUGAUGAUAUAAUUACCGAAGAAUCUAAUGGAAAUAGUCUUGUUGGCGACCUCAAGGAGGCUAUAAAUGUGAAAAAGGCACCACGUUUUAAUGAUAUUGCUGCCGACGAACUCAAGCUAUGGAAGCAACAAAAAAGAUUUCGAAGUACUACACCAGCCGGGGAACACAUUCAUGUCUUAGUUGAACCGCCUGCUUCGACCGCCACUUCGAACCGUGAACAGGAAUUACUUGACCGCAUCGCAGUGUUGGAGGAAUCACUUAGCAAGUCCGUGUAUGGUACGUAUAUUUUGCCAAGAAAUUUGGGCGAACAAUGCUCGCUGAAAUCUUCAAGUUAUGAAAAUACUGUUAUUUCACAACGUAUUAUAAUUUGGGGUUAUCCUUUGCUGAGUUUGACCAACCAGUAUACAUUAUUAUAUACUAAGACAAGAACGUGUUGGAAUUCGAUGGUUUAUUAUUCAGAUUUCUUUAGAUUUGGUAGAUUUUUUUCAUUAUCUGCUUUAUUGGUGACAGCUUAUGGAAUUUCGCAACUAAAACUGGAGGAUGUUUGA